CAAGCUCCGCGCGUGUCUGUGGAAGGAGGAAACGGCUGCGGGGGCCGUCUCCCUGUGAAGAGAGGGAGGGCACCUAAUCCUCGCCCGCGAUGUCCGGGGGCUUCGAGCUGCAGCCGCAGGACGGGGGCCCCCGGGUGGCCUUGGAGCCCGGGGAGACCGUGAUCGGCCGCGGGCCGCUGCUGGGAAUAACAGACAAGAGAGUAUCCAGAAGACAUGCCGUUCUUGAGGUGGUGGGUGGUCAGCUUCGAAUCAAACCGAUACACACAAAUCCAUGUUUUUAUCAGUCUUCUGAGAAGAGCCAGCUCUUACCAUUGAAGACAAAUCUAUGGCACUGGUUGAAUCCUGGAGAUAGUUUUUCUUUGUUAGUUGACAAAUACAUUUUCCGUGUUUUGUCUACAGACUCUGAAAUGGAAAUGGAAUGUACCUUAAGAAACAGUCAAAUGCUUGAUGAAGAUGACAUACUUAAUGAAACACCAAACUCCCCUGUGAUUAAUUUACCUGGUGAGACAACUGGUGCCUCACAGCUGGAAAGAAGCACAGAAGUAAUGGAGACCCAGACUACUACUACAGAGAGUGUGUCUUUUCUAGGUGAAUGUAGAGACUUCAAUAAGCAGCAGCCAGAUCUUGCCCAGAGGAAAAGAAUCCUUCCAGCUUGGAUGUUAGCAGAGAAUUUAAGUGAUCAGAACCUUUCAGCACCAGCCAUCAGUGGAGAUAAUAAUGUAAUCCAGGGAAGUGGAAAAGAAAGAAUUUGCGAAGAUAAAACCAAAGUAAAUAUAAUACAGCAAGGAAGAAAGCGACUAAUUUCAUCUGGAAGUUCAGAAAGUGCGUCAGCAGAACAAGACACAGGAAAAAACUCCAAAAAUGCUAAUCAGGAAGCAUCUGUCAUUUCAUCCAAGGAAAUACCACAAUCAUUUUCUUCAAUUACAUUAAGUAACACAGAAAUGAAUAAUACGAAGACCAAUACACAGAGAAAUGAAAUUCCAAUAAAGGAACUUGGCAAGGUUUCCGAACAUAAAACCAUCACUGAAGGUGUACCAAAUAAAGAAGAUGAGGCAAUGAGCUGUUCUGAGAGUUGUUCGGGUGCCCAAGGCAAGUCAUUCCAGGAUAAGGCUCAAGGAUUUCAUCCUCAGUCUAGCUGUGAGCCCUCCAAGUCUGAAACUUUGCAUGCAAAGUCAACUGAUUCAGUUCCACAAGAUUCUGAAGAAAAGCAGGUCAAAAGGACAUCCUGCAUGUAUGGGGCCAACUGCUACAGGUAA